GGACUUGAACUCACAGCGACCGCAUUGGUGAGUAGGUGUAUUGAAAAGCCUCCAUUAGUUGCUAGCUAUACAUCGGAUGAUGUGGGUAUAGCCUAUGUUUCAUUUAACAAAACAGAAAGGUUAAUUCCUAGAACCCAGUCACUGAAAUCUACCAAUCAGAAACCCGCGUUCACUGCCCAGAUUAUCGUGUAUAUCUCCACUGAUAAAUACCGGUUCUCAACGCUUUCGAUCACAUCCUUACGGCAGUGGGGACAGCAGCAUUUCAUUAUAUCUGACAUCUUGAUUCUGAGAGGCGCUUCUUCAAGGAAACCACCACAAUGGAGAAAUUGGCUUAUCUAGGCCGACCUUAUCUGUAUCACAUCGACAAAGAUGACAAAGACUUGACCAUACCGAAAACGCCCCCACCAGAACAACAACAGGGUCAGGAUUCCCAGCAAACGUUUGAUGUGGAGAACUUUUUUCUCCUGGAAAAUUGGAACCCUGACAACGAGCCAUUGCAGCAAGACAAUAACUACAAGCCGUUCUUUCUCGGAAUAACCAACGGAGGUUUGGAUUUUAUGUACGCGAAAUUGGCAGGCCUUGACCCAAAGAAGCACUUCCACAGCAAAACCAAACACCAAAAACACGUGAUUAUUGUUGGGGCUGGUGCGUCCGGCCUGGCGGCUGCGUUCGAACUGAGUCAAAGUGGACACAAGGUGACCAUCUUGGAAAUGCAGCAACGCGUUGGAGGGAGAAUGAAGACAAUUCGGGAGCCGUUCACUCGUGGACUCCAUGCCGAAGGUGGCGCCAUGCGACUUCCGGGGACGGGAAAGAAAGAUUGGAAGGGACCUUCCCAUUUUAUGACUGACCAUUACAUUCGCCAAUUUCACGUGGAGACCAGGCCGUUCGAAAACAUCAAUGAGAAAUGCUUCCAUCAUGUUUAUGGUCACGCCAAUAUAACCAUCAAAGACUGGAAGGAAAAGAACAAAAAGUGGUCCGACAAGUUCUGGCCCGGGUGGGAUUGUAAUCUUCCAAAGGACGUGAAGAAAGAACUCAACAUCACUGGAAUAGACAGUUAUUACGAGAGAACUUUCGAGCCUGUGAAGGAGGAGCUGCGACAAGAUCAUUCAACGGAAGGCUGGAACCGAUGGGUCACAAAGUGGAGCAAGCUUUCUCUUGACGAGUUCUUGAGAAGCGAUAUCCAUCAGAAGCCUGGAGCACCAAAACUCCGACCGUGGCCUGAGCGAGCAAUCCAAGCCUUCACUGUAUCAAACUACGCUCCCUUCCUGUCAAUCAGUCUGGUGGAGUUCCUUCGGGACGAACUGGGUGGCUGGUGGGAGGAUCCUAUGCACACGCCCAGUCAGGGAAUGGAGGAGUUAGGCUGGGCGUUUAUCAAACAAAAUCCUGGUGGGUGGGACCCACACGUUCACUUGAAAGAAAACAUUCGAUUCGGCGUCGAAGUGGAGAAAAUCGAAAUGGUGAACCCUGAGCGUCGACGUGGAGUGCGCGUGUCGGGAAAAAACGUGGCGACUGGCGAGCCGCUGACCGUGCUCGGGGAUGCAGUGAUCCUCACUGUGCCUAUUCCGGUCCUCCGUCAGAUGGACGUGCCGUUGUCGUCGGACCAGGAGCGAGCCUUGAACUUUGUGUCUUAUGGAUCCUCAACGAAGAUCCUGCUGCAGUAUGAGAAGAGGUUCUGGCAGGAGGAGUUCGGUAUACAAGGGGGUAUGACCCGCACUAACCUCCCCAUUGGCCAAGUCCACUACCCUGACUGGGAAAAGUCAGGAAUCUCGCCGAAAUCACGCGGUAUUCUCGUCUGCUACACAUGGGAACAGGAUGCUGUGGUGAUGGCAUCCAUGUCAGAGAAUGACGCCAUUAGAAGUGCCGUGAGGCAAAUCGAAAAACUCCAUCCCGGUUCGGAGAAAUAUUUCGAAGUUGGGGCAAGGCAAGCGUGGACCAGGGACCCAGCAGCCCAAGGGGCAUAUGCCUUUCUCCGUCCUGGAGAGUUCAGUAACGCUCUGUCGGCUCUGGUAAAACCAACCCCACCGAUCUUUCUGGCGGGAGAGGCUUUGUCCUGGACGAACGGCUGGAUCCAAGGAGCCAUAGAAUCGGGUCUUAGAGCAGCAUUCCAGUUCUACGCUCAUAACGAGGAAGAGUCGUAUCGUGAACAGACGGAGGCAGAACGAUGAAGAAAGAAAUAAUGGGAAAAUGCAUGUUAUAUAAACACGUUAGACCCGGGGUAUACUAAACCACCAUUUACAUUCGCUUAUAAGUAAACAUUUCCAAAGUGAUGUGCACCAAUGGCUGAGGGAUAAAUGGAUAUGUCAUGUACAUUUUAGUAUGGUUAAGGGAAUAAACAGCCAAAGUCGAAAAUUUUGACAGUCAGACAUAAUAAAAAAACAUGGAGCCUAGUGCGCAAAACCAGAUCGGCGACGAUAGCCUGAUAGUUGAAGAAAUUAUAAAAUGAACUCACCCAGUGGUUGUGUGUUGGUGGUUGAUUUGCCAACAGGCUGCAGAUUUCUGCUUAUAAUGGGAAGAAAAGGUGUUUUACUUGAUUCACUAAUUCUAACUCACUUCUUCCACUCUUACAGAUGGUACAUGUACAGACAGAAUUCAACGAAACUCGCUGAUCAUAAAUUACUCACCUCACUAACCCUGUGUAUAUGUAUAUAUAUACAAAGGAUACAUGAACCCUGGCAAGUCGUUGAGACUCACUGAUCAUAACUUACUCACUCCACUCACAAAGGAUACAUGAACCCUGGCAAGUCGUUGAGACUCACUGAUCAUAACUUACUCACUUCACUCACAGAGGUUUCAUGAACAGUGGCAACCUUAAGGGACCCCUAUGUCUUAUAACCGGAAAAACCCACGACCAUUGUCACGUUGUUGGCAGACCUUCUCACGUGCGACAGACAAGGAAGCCAGAUUGAAAAUAAAUAAAUUGACGGCCACAACCAUUGUUUUCUAGCGUGCAUGGUAAACCUAUAAAUCAAUUUUUACCGUGAAAUUCUCAAAGUGGCAGUAUGUGCGUUCUAUUUAUUUGGGAAUUGGCCUGGACAUUAUUUGACCUGGAACCUCCAUUUUGGGUGGACGGCUGCCACAUGAAUGUUUGACAGCAAGCACAGAUUGACACGCUUGCACCUGAUUGGCUAAAAUACUAAUGAUACUUUUUCCGAUACACGUCUAUACUUGGUUUAGUGAAUGUCUCUGUAUAACCGUGACAUCUUAUAGUACAUGUACACCUAUUGCAACGUUAACGAGUCCUGUCGACUAUUUAAUCAUCCGUUAUUUACAUUUUAGUAGGGCUAAGGGGAAAAUAGCUUCCAAGCCGAAUUGUUCCACACAGCAUAGUGAGUAAAAUCAGAGCAGUCGUCUUUUUAACUCCACGUUGUAAUCUUCAGUAUCAUAUUUACACAUUGUUUUAUUUAUUUAGUUCUUUUAACCACGUGCUGACAACCUCGGCCACAAAAAGCGAAAAAAAUCAGGUUGAUACUCUAGAUACAUAUACGCUAUCUGGAAUAUGAUGUUUGUGACGAAUGGAGGUAAAUUUCCCUUGUGCAAAAUAAAGUCUACGAAAAGGAAACUUUACCCUGUUUUUUCUUA